AUGGAAAAAGAACAAGUAAAAAAUGAAGAAAAGCAAGAAGACAAAAAUACAGAUAUUUCUUUUUCUUUAAAUAUACCCUCACUUGAAAAUGCAUUUCUUGAACAUAAAAUUGCUAUGAAAGCAAAACAAAAAGCAGAUUAUAAUCGAACAAUUUUUCGUCUAAAUGAAAUUAUUGAAAGAAAUUCAACAUUACCUGUAAAUAUUUCAUCAAUUCGAGUUAUUGGUGCAAAUAAUGUUCGUCAAUCCUUUUUAAAGAAAAUAUUAUUUCCAACAAAUGAUAAUGAAAGUGAAAAAACGCUUUCAUCUGCAUUACUUUCUAUUCAAAAUACUGCUUCUCGGCUUGAAAAAUUUGAUAUUUUUGAAAAAAUUUCUGUAACUAUAGAUCAAGCAUCUUCCCCACUUGCAGCAAAAGAUGAUAUUGAUGUGAUUUUUCAUGUAAAAGAAAAGUCUAGACUAUGGAUGAGAACGGGGACAGAUUUAGGUAAUGGUGAAGGUAGCGCUUAUGGCAGUAUAAAUAUUCGGAAUACAUUUGGUGGAGCAGAAAAUCUCCAAGCCAACAUAACCUUCGGAACGCACACACGAUCUGCAUUUGAAACUAAACUAACUACACCUAUUAAUGCUAAUCCUGAUUCUCAAUUUGAACUAUCUAUUUUUAGUAUAUCUCGGGAUAAUCAUUUUUAUGCAUCUCAUGAGGAACUCUUAAAAGGAUGUAUUGGACGAUUUAUUUGGUCAUCUAAUUUAGGUCUUCAUGAUAUUUCAUAUAAUGGAAUAUGGAGACAAAUAGGUAAUCUUUCUCUUAAUGCAUCUCCAACUAUAAAAUUGUCUUCUGGUAAUUCAUUCAAAUCUUCAAUUGCACACACUUUAACCAUUGAUACCCGUAAUAACUCAUUGCUCCCAAGUUCAGGUUUCUUGUUUCGCACAAUGCAAGAAAUAGCUAGCUCUACUAUUUUAAGCAGCGAUACAUCUUUUGUAAAAAUAGAAACAGAAUUUUCUAAAGCAACAUUACUUUCAUAUAUUCAACAAAUUAUUCUUAAUAAUACUAUUAAAAUGGGAAUUUUAUGGGGGUUAGAUAAAAAGAGCAUAAAAGUAAAUGAUAGAUUUUAUUUAGGAGGGGCAACCAAUGUAAGAGGUUUUUAUUAUAACGGACUAGGUCCUCAUGAUGGAAAUGAUGCAAUUGGAGGUGAUAUUUAUAUGGCAUCUAAUACUUCAAUUAUAACAUCAAUACCAAAAUUUAAACAUUGGCCUUUAAAACUUCAAACCUUUGUUAACACUAGUUCACUGUUGUUAUUAAAUGAAGAAAAUUUUAAAGAUACAGUAUCUGAACUUAUUUGUAAACCUUCAAUAGCAGCCGGUAUAGGACUCAUAUACUGUCAUACAAUUGCUCGUCUCGAGUUGAAUUUCUGUCUUCCUAUAGCAACUAGAAUAUCUGAUAGAGCCAGAAAAGGAAUUCAAUUAGGUCUUGGAGUUCAGUUUAUGUAA